ACCACGCGUUAGUCAACUUGUCGUUCCUCUCGUAUCGUCGUAUUUAAGAACCAUGAAAGUCUUUAGCGCAGUGAUGGUGGUGGUUGCGGUGUUUGCUGCAACGGCCAAUGCUUUGGAAGAUGAGCCCACAUGCCCCGAAAAGGAUGACAUAUUCAACCCGGUCCACUUUCCCCAUCCGACCAGUUGUGAAAAGUUUUACAAAUGCUUCAAUGGCGAAAAGAUCGAGAUGGAUUGCCCCGACGGUCUUCACUGGAACAUUGAGAAAGAUUAUUGCGACCAUCUGGCGGAAGCGGAUUGUGUUCGUCCGCUUCCAUUCCAUGCUAUAAACUAAUCCUAAGAUAGUAUAAAUUACUUUGCUUAAACAAUAAAUGAGAAUUUGACACUUGGAAGUUUCGCGGCCGUUACUAACCCAUCGGUUCAAAUUUGAAAAACGUUGUAACGUAGCAAACCUCUGAACCAUGGGUUAUA